UACAGAUGUAGAUCUAAUUGUGCUUCCAUGGUAAAAGUUUCUGUGUGCAAAGUAACAUAUUAGAAAGAAUGAGUGAAUCAGGCGAUACAGAGUUUCCUGAGAAAAUAAUUGAGUACAUGCAAGGAUUCCUGGUAUCUGAGGCUUUAUUUUCUGCAAGCAAACUGGGAGUUUUUGAUAUUCUUCUGAACUCAAAGACACCUCUGUCUUGUGAUGAUAUUGCAAAACAGGCAUGUUGUUCUGUAGAUGGGAUGGACAAGUUGCUUACUGCCUGUGUAGGGCUAAAACUGUUAAAUGUCACACAGGAGAAUGGAAAAUACCUUUACAGCAAUAGUCACCAUUCCCAAAUGUAUCUCGGAAAGUCUAGCCCAAAAUCCUUGUACGAGAUAACAAGGUUCUUGUCGGACAAUGUUUGCCAUUUGACUUUUUACAUGGCAGAUAGUAUCAGAGAAGGAAAACCACAGUAUAAUAAAAUAUUUAAAAUGGACCAUGAAGACACCUUUAGUUUUAAAUACAUAUUCAGGUCUGAAGAAGAAACAUUUAAAUUUGUGAACUGCAUGGAUACUAUAUGGAAAUUCUGUGGAAAGGAAGUGGUUACUGCAUUUGACCUGACAGACUUUAAAAAUGUUUGUGAUGUCGGAGGCUGCUCUGGUGCAAUAGCAAAGUUAUGCAUUUCAGAAUAUCCUAAAUCAAAAGUCACAAUUUUUGAUCUGCCAGAAGCAGUGAGUAUGGCAAAGGCACAUUUUGUACUUCCUACAGAAGAAAGGAUUUCCUUCCAUAAAGGCGAUUUCUUUAAAGAUCCAGUUCCAUUGGCAGACCUCUACAUUUUGGCCAGGACUCUUAAUGACUGGAAGGACGACGAGUGUCUUGUGAUAUUAAAAAAUAUAUAUCAGUCUUGCAAACCUGGUGGAGCUGUUCUAAUAAUUGAAACUUUCCUAAAUGAAGACAAAAGUGGGCCUGUUCAAAGUCAGCUGUACUCUCUUGUGAUGCAGGUUGCCACAGUUGGAAAACAGAGGACACUAUCUGAGCAUAGCAAACUGCUUAUAAUGGCUGGAUUUCAGAACAUUGAGACAAGAAGAACUGGAAAGCUGUAUGAUGCCAUUCUAGCUAGAAAACCAAUAGAAACUGGACCAUGUUGAAUAUGUGAGUUUAUUAAUUUAACACAGAGAUGAUUCAGUUCAGUUGUAAUGCUUCUUGAAUGUGGGAUAGUAGUACAGAUGAACAGGGACACAAGUGAAACAAUAAUUUAGAUUUUAAAAUGCCAAUCCAGUGAAGAAAUGCUGCAAAAGAAUAGAAACGUUAUGUAAUGUAGAGCACUUUGUAAAUAUUAUUAUCAUACCUGUUUUGUGUUUGAUCCUUUUUUAUUUUUGCAGUUUGCAACCACACUAUAGUGUCUGGUUUGCAAUUGAUGGCUAUCUUUUGUAAAGCCAUGUUAAUUACUGAUAAUGCAUUAUUCAAGGACUUAAAAGUUAAUGAUAUAUAGAACUGUAUAAGAUCUGUCAUUAAACAGUAAUCUUCAUAUUUUUUUUUUACUUUUUUCAGAGUGCUAUUCACUUUUUAUAUGAGUGAUAAAGUUGCAAAAGCACUGAGUCUGAUAAGAAAGCACUUUAGCUAAUCUGCAAAAUAUUACCUUUCUAUUAAUAGUUCUGAAAAAAGAUCAGCAGACUGCAUUGCUAAUCUGAAACUUACCAUUUGCUUCACUGAUGGAUAAAAAUCAAGAACACUUCUGUGCUUAUUAUACUUAGUAUAACAAUUCUGUUCAUUAAAGAAUUAUAUUUACUUGACAAAUCAUUAGUAAAUAAACUGUUAUUUCCUUGCUUUGGUCAAUCAAAUAAAAUUUUGUGUUUUCUGUUGUUUAACACCUGAGGCAGGAAAUAUUGAACUGCAUUGGAAUAACUGAAAAUGUGUUGAAGAUACUGCUGCAUGCAAAAUAAACAGACCAUAUGGAAAGAA